CUGCCUGAAGAAUGGUGGCAGUCUUGCUGCUAGGCCUCAGCUGUGUCUGUUCCCCAGUGGUAGCCCUGAUCCUAGACUACAACAGCAUCAAGAGUUCAGCUGAAGUGCAGGGCACCAGAAAGAGUUCACAGUGCAUAACAGACCAGGACUGUAAUGCUAGCAAAUUCUGCCUCAAGCCUGAAGAUGAAGUGCCCUUCUGUGCUACCUGUCGUGGGUUACGAAGAAGAUGCAAGCGUAAUGCUAUGUGCUGCCCAGGGACUAUUUGUCUAAAUGAUGUUUGCAGCCAGACUGAAGAAGUUACCCCAACAGAAGGACGAAGGACUGAUGAACAGGAUGGUUCUGAUUCAAAAGGGACAACUCAACACCAGAUCCAAGAAAACAACUCUAAAAAAGGACUUGUCAAAUCUCCAAGCAAUAAAGGUCAGGAGGGAGAAAGCUGCCUUCGCACAUCAGAUUGUGCCUUUGGGCUUUGCUGCGCUCGCCAUUUCUGGACCAAAAUCUGUAAGCCAGUUCUCCGUGAAGGACUGGUCUGUUCCCGCCGGGGACACAAAGAUGUUGCUCAAGGUCCAGAAAUUUUCCAACGCUGUGAUUGUGGCCCUGGUUUGUCUUGCCGACCACCGCUCACUGGGCUGCCACGAUCUCGCUUAAACAUCUGCCAAAGAAACUAAAGAGCCAAUAAACACUGGAUCCAGAGGGAGAACAAGGGAUUUGCUGUCUACUCCAGAGUUAAUUUAUGCAAGCUUCUAUACAAUUAUCCCUAACCUUCCACCGGCCAACAGAGCCCUGCACUGGAGAAAACACCCAGCUCAAAGCGAGAUCUGGGCACUGGGCAACCUUAGAUGUACAUUUCAUUCAUAUGGGCUCUGUUGUAUCCUUGUGGGCUGCACUAAGUAGCCAUCAGACGCUUACAAAAAAUCGCUUAUGCUUUCAGAUAGCAUGAAGUACAAAAGGGCUUGAUUUUUUGUCUGCUUUUACCAACUAUCUAGGGUCCUUUUUUAUAGCUAUCAUAGCUGUAGCAUGUAUAAAAAUUCAGAGGUUCUCCGGCUGGUUUCCAACUAUUUAGUUAUUUACUAAAAUAAAAAAAUUACUAAAGGAACUAGUAGAUUCUUUCACAGGAAUUGCAAUUUACUUGUCAAUAGGGUCAAAUUAUUUCCCAAUUGUUUCCAGGAUGUUCAGAGCCACAGAAGAAAGCUGUUUCCGCUUCUGGCUCCAUCUCAGACGCGAUGACAGAAUCACAUGUAAAUGUCAGAUACCAUCAAAAAGUGCUUCAUAAACUAUUUACAUAGAGCAGCACAGAGAUGAGAACAAGCUUUAUCUAGGACAAAAGGCAGUAGACACCUAAGAUACUGCACAUAGGGAAACAAUCAUUAAGACCAUCAAUGGGAAUUUGUGAAAGUGGUGAAUAAGUAAAAACUGGGGGUUAUAAUGAAAGUUAUAUUGCAACUUAAACUGCACCUAGCCUGUACUAUGUGAAUAUUUUUUUCAUUCUCUCUAUAUAGUAUUUAGAUACCACAGUGAUAGACACCUUCUAAUUGCUAUCAAUGCAAAACCUGUCAUAAAACCUCUCAUCUAAAAGACUCCAAAGUGCUCUGUCUGCCAACAUAUUUACGGCUGUAUAAUUAAAAAUAUAAAAUUUCACCUGCCACUUAAACAGUCACCAUUGAGAUGAAAUGUGCAGCCAGUUUACAGUACACAAUUAUAGUUCAGGGCAGGAGGUGAAGACCUAUAGGAAUGGACUUGAUUAUCUGCUAAUUCCUUUCCCUAAGUGCUAUGAUCCUAACAUACAGUAAAUAGCUAUUAAACCAAACUGUUUCCUUAUGCAAUUGCUCAUCUGUUAUAUUUAAUAAUAAAUAGCGGAGUUUGUGCUGA